UUGUGGUCUUCAUUUGAUUACCUCCCCUGCCCCGGAUCUGACCGGACAAUUCCCCUCCCCUUCCCCUCUCCUCCUUUUCCAUCUUUCUUGAACAAAAAUUAACAAACUUCUUCCGUGAUCUCACCUCUAUAAAAGCUUCUCAUAUGCAUAUGUAUGUAUGUAUGCAUUGAGGACGUAAUGUUGUACCAUAUGGAGUGGAAUAUUGUUUUGUUCGCUUGUUAAUCAUUUGGUUUCGGGAAAUGAAUGAUACGAUCAAGAACACAGCCGUUGUCUGCGUCUCAGCCAAACCAUUCUAGUUCUUGAAUGUUUAUUUCAGGAUGUUGUAUUUGAAGCAGCCCAACAUCAUCGUUCUUCGGUGUUGCUGUUUCUGUAUUUAAGGUGUCGGCGCUUCUGAUUCCGUUUCCUUCCCCGUUCUAGCCUAUGAUGUGAUGUGAUAUGAUUUGAUUAUAUCAUAUGAUUUGUUUUUUCCUUCUCUCUUCUUCUUCUUCUUCUUCUUCAAUUCAGUUCAAUUUUUGAUUUCUGCUCUGCUCUGAUUUGCAUGCUCUUCUCCUAGUUUCCCUGAGCCUGAGCCUGAGGUGCGAGGCUCGGGGGAUCUCUUCAACUUUUCCACAAAUGGCUUCCUUAGAGGCUGACCCUUUCGCUUCUCAUCCCAUGGCAUCCUCUGAGAAUAACUCAUUCUCCACCUAUCCUCUCCCAUCACCGGAAAAUGAUACCUACUCCUACUCCGCCGCAUCUUCUGACGACCUCCGUUCUGCUUCUCCUGCUUGUAUGCACAAAUUCAGGCUCUACGAGACUCGAUCGAAAUUUUACAUGAUAGGAAGGGACAAGAGUAGAACACAUUGGAGAGUGCUAAAAAUUGACAGGAUGGAUUUUUCCGAGCUGAAUAUACGCGAAGACUCUGCUGUAUAUACAGAAAGGGAAUGUUCUGAUUUGCUGAGACGCAUACAUGAGGGAAAUAAAUCUACUGGCGGACUGAAGUUCGUGACCACUUGUUAUGGUAUUGUUGGGUUCAUUAAAUUUCUAGGACCCUAUUACAUGCUGCUUAUUACAAAAAGACGUCAAAUCGGUACCAUCUGUGGUCAUACUGUAUAUGCUGUUUCCAGAAGUGAGAUGAUUCCACUUCCAAAUCCUGCUGUUUGGUCCACUAUAGCCGUUUCAAAGAAUGAGAACAGAUACAAGAAGCUCCUAUGCACAGUGGAUCUCACAAAGGACUUCUUUUUCAGCUACUCAUACCAAGUUAUGCGCAGUCUUCAAAAGAAUAUAUGUGACAAUGAGACAGGUGACGUCCUUUAUGAAACCAUGUUUGUCUGGAAUGAAUUUUUGACUCGUGGAAUCCGAAACCACUUGCAUAACACCAUUUGGACAGUUGCUUUGGUCUAUGGCUUUUUCAAGCAGGCUACACUAUCUCUAGAUGGGCGAGAUUUUAAGUUGACCCUCAUUGCUAGACGUUCUCGUCAUUAUGCUGGAACAAGGUAUUUGAAACGAGGUGUGAAUGAAAAAGGUAGAGUGGCAAAUGACGUCGAGACUGAACAAAUUGUUUUUGAGGAUGUUCCUGAAGGGGUUCCCAUGCAAUUGAGUUCUGUUGUUCAGAAUCGUGGCUCAAUCCCUCUUUUCUGGUCACAGGAAACUUCUCGCUUAAACUUAAGACCUGACAUCAUACUGUCAAAGAAGGACCAAAAUUAUGAAGCAACCAGACUUCAUUUUGAAAAUCUUGCCAAAAGAUAUGGAAACCCCAUAAUUAUAUUGAACCUCAUAAAGACACGUGAGAGAAAGCCACGGGAGUCUAUUCUUCGUGCUGAGUUUGCCAAUGCGAUUGACUUCAUUAAUAAUGAUUUUUCUGAGGAGAACCGUCUUAGGUUUCUUCAUUGGGAUCUGCACAAGCAUGUUCGGAGUAAAGCUACAAAUGUUCUACUGCUUCUGGGAAAGGUGGCUGCUUUUGCAUUGACACUUACAGGAUUCUUUUAUUGUCAAGUUACUCCAGCUUUAAGAUCUGAUAGGAGUGAAGGAAAUUGUAGCUUAUCUUCUCAGUUACAGUCAGACAAUGAUAAUGAAGAUGCGGCUAGCAUGGAAAAGCAAAUAAGUGUUGACAAUCUUGUUUCUAGUGGAAAUUGCGUUAUAAAACUGCCAAUAUUCCAGAGUGGGGUGCUGCGGACCAAUUGCAUAGACUGCCUUGACCGUACAAAUGUUGCACAAUAUGCAUAUGGGCUUGCUGCUUUUGGACACCAGCUUCAUGCCUUGGAAAUCAUAGAUUCCCCCAAAAUUGAUCUUGAUGCCCCUUUGGCCGAUGAAUUAAUGGGAUUUUAUGAGAGAAUGGGUGACACACUUGCACACCAGUACGGUGGCUCAGCUGCUCACAAUAAGAUAUUCUCAGAGAGAAGGGGACAGUGGAAAGCAGCAACGCAGUCUCAGGAGUUCUUCAGAACUCUUCAAAGAUACUACAGCAAUGCCUACAUGGAUUCAGAGAAACAAGAUGCUAUCAAUUUAUUUCUCGGACAUUUUCAGCCUCAAAAGGACAAGCCUGCACUCUGGGAACUAGAUUCAGAUCAGCAUUGUAACUUGGGGAGAAAUUGGCGGAUCCAUGCGGAAGAUGGAAGGUCAGCAUUCAAAAGAUCCAUGUCAGAUGGAAGUAUUCUUCACGAAAACUGCUCACCAAUGUUAUCUACAGACAGAAAGCAAGAAAAACAUUCAAACUCUGAAUUGUCCAAACAAUCGCAAGGAGGUAGCAAGGUUCUUUCAGAAUCAUCUCCAGAAAUAUCCACUUCUGGAAGUGAUAUAGCGUUGUCCAGGUAUACUCCAUCAAUGCCUCAGAGGCGGCUUUUUGGAGCCAUUCAAAGAGAAAGAUGUCUUGAAGGUGACCAUGUUUUCUUUUCAGAAGGGGACACUAUGAACUGCUCAAACUUUGUUGACCUGGAUUGGCUUUCAUCCUCUGGGAAUUCUUUUGAGGAUGAGCCAUUUGAGAGGUCCUUGGCGCUCUACUCUCCAAUUGCUAGAGAAUCAUCUGAAAAUGUUGUCACUGGAGAAUCAACUCCCUCCAUGAGUGAAUAUGGAUCAAGCAUGAAGGUGAAAGAGCAGAAUGUAAUGGAAGUCUCCCAGUCCCAAGUGAAGGCACAGAAACUUAACCUGGUGGAGGAAUAUUCAGAGAGCUUUGUGCAGUGGGUAGCUUAUGGGGAGACCCUCUGCCAUUGAGGUUUUUCUCGCAAUCUCCGGUGCCACGUGGCGCCCGAAAAUGGGACAACACAAACAAUGGUGGAGCUGAGCUUCUUUGGAAGAAACGCGUUCCACUUGAAACCUCAUCGAUCUCAUUCCCAACUACGAAACAGUAAAUAGUGAUUGUUGAAAUCUAAAAAUAAUGAUAAACAAUAAUUCUUUUGGAGCACAAAUUUUCCUCCGAUGCUAGGUUAUGGGCAACUCCUAGGUAAAAUUAUGUAAAUAUUUCCCAUGCACAUUUAGAACACUGCAGAUCAUCGAUUCUUUUUAUUCAAUGUUAUUUUAUGACUUUAAUUUUGUAACAUCGUGCUCUGAUUGACUGAAAGCUUUUGCAAUGUUAUGUAACCUAUAAAUAAACCUCUCAAAUUUGGAAUCUGAUGUGAAUGUGAGAUCAAUCCUAUUCCUGUUGCAUCUCCA